GGAAACGUGAGGCUCGACGGAGAGCUGACCGUGUUUUCUACAGGAAACAAAUCAGAGAGAGAGAGUGAAAAUACUGUUGUAACCGCCGUGUUUCGUCGCGGUUUUGUGAGUGUUUUCCUGGAAGCGGACGCUUGGCGAAUCAGGGCAAUCCGGAGCCCCGUUUGUUUAGACCCGGGAAUCCAAGCUAAAGGUGUUUAUUUUGUGUGUUUUUGGAGGUGUGAGGCUCGAGACUCCGCGCAGAAUGACCGUUGACUGGCCCGUUCUGCUUAUCGUUCGCGGGCAUUAGGUUAAAGGAAUCAUCAACACCUCUGUUUGCUGGCGAAACGAGCACCACGCAUUUGCUUCGAGGGACUUUUGGGUCGAAAGGAGGAGAAUAAUGGCAUCGCUGGCCGUCCGGAUGCUUAUGCUGGGGUUGUGGGGUUGUGCUGCUGCUGCCGCUGCUGCUGCGGGAGAGGGACAGUCCACUCCGGCCACAUGCUCUCCGCUGUGCCGCUGCGAUGAGGACGGAGGAGCCGACUGCUCUGGACGAGGACUGACCACGGUUCCCACCGGCCUCAGCGCUUUCACAUAUUACCUGGACAUCAGCAUGAACAACAUCACUGAGCUGCCUGCUAAUGUCUUCAGAAACCUGCCCUAUCUGGAAGAACUACGUUUGGCUGGUAAUGACCUUGCAUUCAUCCACCCAGAGGCACUGUCUGGCCUCCAUCAGCUUAAAGUCCUGAUGCUUCAGAACAAUCAGUUGAAGACUGUCCCAAGCGCAGCUCUGAAGAAUCUCCAUGCCCUGCAGUCUUUGCGGUUGGAUGCUAACCACAUCACGUCAGUGCCUGAGGACAGUUUUGAGGGUCUGCAGCAGCUCAGGCACCUCUGGUUGGAUGACAACAGCCUGACCGAGGUUCCCGUCGGGCCCCUACGGCACCAGAGCAACCUGCAGGCUCUGACGUUGGCCCUCAACAGGAUCACACACAUCCCCGACAACGCCUUUGCAAACCUCUCCAGCCUGGUUGUAUUGCAUCUACACAACAAUCGGAUCCAGGAGAUUGGAAAAAACUGCUUUAAUGGGCUGGACAACCUGGAGACAUUGGAUCUAAACUUUAAUAAUCUGAAGACCUUCCCAGAGGCCAUUCAGACGCUGCCCAAGCUGAAAGAACUUGGAUUUCAUAGCAACAACAUUGCAUCCAUCCCUGAGGGAGCUUUCCGUAGGAAUUCCCUGCUACGCACAAUCCAUCUCUUUGACAACCCGCUCUCCUUCGUGGGAACCACAGCUUUCCAGAACCUGUCAGACUUGCACUCUUUAAUGCUGCGUGGUGCCAGUAUGAUGCAAGAUUUCCCCAGCCUGACUGGAACAAUAAAUCUAGAAAGCUUGACUUUAACGGGAACUAAAAUCAAAAGCAUCCCGCCAGACCUGUGUGAGGAUCUGACGGUGCUACGUACACUAGAUCUUUCGUAUAAUGAGAUUGAAGACCUGCCGUCCUUUCAGGGCUGUGUUAGACUGCAGGACAUAAGUCUACAGCAUAACCAAAUCCAGCAGAUAGACAGAGGAACUUUCCAGGGCAUGACCAGCCUUAGAGUGCUAGACCUCAGCAGAAACCAGAUCAAGUUCAUCCACAGAGAUGCUUUCCUUUCUCUCAGCGCUCUCACCAACCUGGAUCUCAGUCUGAACUCCCUAGCCAGCGUUCCUACCGCAGGACUGAGUGCACUGAACCAGCUGAAACUGACUGGAAACGUGGAGCUGAGGAACGGCCUAAUGUCUAAGAGUCUGCCUAAACUCAGGUCCAUAACGGUUCCCUAUGCCUACCAGUGUUGUGCUUUUGUGGCUUGUGAUAGUGCAGUUAACUCAGCGGAGGAUGACGAGCGGAGAAAUGCAUUUGGUGGUGAGGAGGAGAUGGAACGGAUUCCUCUGGUCAUGCACUGCUCACCAUCACCGGGGGCAUUUAAACCUUGUGAACACUUGUUGGGAAGCUGGAUGAUCCGAUUGACCGUGUGGUUCAUCUGCCUGGUGGCGCUCCUCUUCAAUUGCCUGGUCCUUGCAGCCACCUUCUCCCCACGCACCUCCCCUCUCUCUCCGGCCCGCAUCCUGGUGGCUCUCCUGGCCUCUGCCAACCUGCUGACAGGAGUUUACGUGGCAGCACUGACACUCCUGGACGCGGUCACCUGGGGCUCAUUUGCUGAGUACGGCGUGUGGUGGGAAACAGGCGCUGGGUGUCAGGUUGUGGGCUUCCUCGCUGUGUUUUCCUCCGAGUGGGCCGUCCUGCUGCUUGCUUUAGCUGCUGUGGAGCGUUGCUUGGCUGUGAGAGCUCUAAUGGGAAAAGCGGGAGCUCUGAGGUCCAGUGGAGAAAGGAGAGAACGACGAAGGAGGUUCGGGAUCGCAGCGCUCCUGUUGGGAUUGGUAUCUGUCGCGGCGGCCUGCCUCAGUCUGUAUCACGGAUCAGCCAUGGACUCUCCUCUCUGCCUGCCCUUCUCCGGAGGUCCCGGAUCAGGCCUGGGGUUCACAGUGGCCCUGGUGCUAAUGAACACACUGGCGUACCUACUGAGUGCGGUGGUCUAUACACGGUUGUACUGCAGGUUGGGCCGUGCCCAGCUGGCUGACCCCGAGCAGGCCGGGUCUGUGCGGCACAUCGCCUGGCUUAUCUUCACCAACUGCAUCUUCUUCUGUCCGGUGGCGGCUUUCUCUUUCGCUCCCCUACUGGCCGGAACCAGUAAUGCAGUGGGCGGACCAGAGAUGGCCAAAUCCGUGACGCUCAUAUUCUUUCCCCUCUCUGCCUGCUUGAACCCCGUGCUCUACGUCUGCUUCAGUCCCUCCUUCAGAUACGACUGGCUUCGUCUUAGAGGACGAGGAAGGGCCGGAGGUUGUAGCGGGCUGCAGGUUGCCAAAGGGACGGUAGCAGGGGGUUCAGCAGCAUCCGACGACGGCGAAGGCCUGUCUAACGACUGCGGGAUGUACACAAAGCUCCACGGCGACGCUCGGGGAAUGUGCGAACACUGUGACGCCGCCCUUCACAUCAGCACGUCUUCCUCGUCCGAUUCUUCCUCUUCCUCAGCCUGCAGACAUUUAGUAAAGUCCCACAGCUGUCCUGCCUUGAUGGCAAACGGGCCCCAGUGCUUGAGCUCAGAGGGGUACUGGCCCGACACCGGGACGUUUUCAGCUCAGUCGGAAUAUGGAGAUGAGGGCGAUUCAUUUGUGUCGGACAGUUCGGAGCAGGUGCAGGCAUGCGGCCGGGCGUGUUUCUGUCAAAGCCGUGGCCUCCCUUUAGUACACUACUCUUAUAACAUCCCCCGCCUGACAGACUGAGCUCACAGCCCCGAGCGCUCACACACUCACUUCCUCACACAGUCCUCCAGGGUGUGGAGUGUCCCUGCUCCUCAAGGACAGAGAACAGGGAGGGGCUGGACACAUGGCUGCAGAGCCGUGGAAACGCAAACAGACCGGAAGCACUUUCUCUCUUUUCACACUUGUGUGUGUGUGUGUAUGUGUGUAUGAGUGAAUGUAGACGGAAUCCAUGAAAAGGGAAUCUGACAAUACGGAAAGACUCACUGAGCCAAAUGUUGUCAGCAAACAACACGUCUUGUUUUCUGUUUCCUGUCCCCCUCAGCCAAAUUCGGUUGCAUUGGCACCCAGGGCUGAUUGACGGUUGACGGACAGUGAUCUUAUCUCCUAGUGCCUGCCUUCAGUUUGAAAGAGAGUAGAACUUGUCUGUUUAUUUUCCUGGGGCAUUUUUAAAACAGAAAAAUAUAUUUUCCCUUCUUAUUCUUACAAACGUUUGUCCUUUUGAUUUAAAGCAGGGAUAUAUGUGCCAUUGUUUUUAGUGAUGUUGAUUCUUUUUCUCUUAUUCCUUGUCGUCGUAAAUCCUGACUGUGGCGGGGGAUCCCGUUCUAUGUAGCAAAGUUCCUCCUUAUACUGGAGUUCCAGUAUGCCGAUGAGAAUGUAAUCUACGAGUUUAUGUUCACGCUGUCUUGUGUUCCCUCACUUUUUCUCGGAGUAUGUUCACGGUGGUCCUUAUGUUUGAAAAGCAUUCAUUCCUUUCUUGUUUAUCAUAAAAGUGAUCUUAAAAUCACAAUCCUCUCCUUCAGCUAACUGAGUGAACCAGUAAAGCCAGUACAGAACUGUUUAUUAAAAGAAAUUGUCUUUAAUUUAUGUUCUACAAUGACAUUUGGAUGUCUUGACCAGAGCGCUUCCUUAAUCACUAGAAAGUUUCUAAUAAUUUAUUGUAAGACAUGGAAUUGCUUUGAUGAACGAAUGGCAAACUACACUUAUCUUAUUCUGCUAUUAUUCCUGACGUCAAUGUUACUAGAUCAUUUCAGUAAGUAUUUUGUACACUUGGUAGAGUAAAAAAGGGUUUUCAUAUUAGAGCUUCUUCCUGUCCAAAUAAUCUGACUUUACAUAUUACUAUCACUCUAAAAAAUGCUGGGUUAAAAACAAUCCAGCGCUGGGUGAAAUAUGGACAAACCCAGCAACUGGGUUGUUUGGACCGAGCCGUUGGGUUAAAUGUUUAAUCAAAGCUUCUGGGUAGUAACCCAACCGCUGGGUCAAAACAACCCAAGCUGGGUUUGUCCAUAUUUUGCCCAGCGCUGGGUUGUAUUUAACCCAACAUUUUUUAGAAUCUAUAAAACACACAAAAAAGGGAUGCGCCAGUAUUAUUAUUUUAAGUUGGCUAAUAUAAAUAUUUAUACUUUUACAUCUAAAUAAAUUAAAAUAAAACACUAAAAAUGAAAAUCAUUUGUUUUAUAAUCGACAGCUGAAUUUAAGGUUUAAACAUUGUAAUGCAACAUUUUGAGUUAUUAGUGUUUUUAAAGAUAAACUUUAAAGGGAUAGUUCACCCAAAAAUGAAAAUUCUGUCAAUAUUUACUCACCCUCAUGUCGUCCAAACCCGUAAGACCUUCGUUCAUCUUCGGAACACAAAUUAAGAUAUUUCUGAUUAAAUUCUAUGUCAGAAACUUACUGCAGAUGGAGGCUAAAGUAAUCUAAAUAUAAAAAUAGGAAGAAGAGCAUGCACAAAUAAAUAUCCAAUAUUGUUCAAUCCUAUUUUAAUACAAUUAAAAAAUCUUCAAUGUUGUGCAUCCUUAAAAGCUGACAUUACGUGCAAAUAUUUAAAACCUUUCCUUAUGAAAACCCUUUUUUCACUUUACACUUUCACAUCCAGUAGCACUCUCAUUUGAUCAGCUGUAUGAUAUAUUAAUGUUCAAGCUGCCAGUAAGCUAAGUCACGUGGGAUGGACAAUGGGACCAAAGUGUGUCUUUGUGUUCAGGAGUACAGAACAACGUUUCAUCAUCAUGAUUCCAUUUGUACACCUUUGUCCAUGUAUGUUCAGGAAUUCAAGUGAAAAGAAAUGUGUGUUUGUUUGCCUUAGAUACCGAAUGUCAACACCUUCCUUUGGUCUUCUAAUAUGUUUGCAAAGUGGAUGCCAUUAUGCCAGUCAUAUAAGCUCUGGCAUCAACUGACAAGCCUUGCAGGUCGUAGCUAAUAGAACUGACAGAAUUCCAAACCAUGUGUCUAUGCAUGUGUGUGUGUGUGUGUGAGACAAAUCUGAAUGUGUGUAUGCAAGAGAGACGUUUAGAGAUGUGUGUUGUAAAUUAUUUUUGUAGGACACGUCUAAUCAAAAAAUGGGAUGCAUUGUCUAACUGUGGAAGCUACCUCUUCAACCGUAGCGGCUGCCAGUAGUGAGUAGUACAUGUGGUUACGUUUUCAUGUUUAUUUUGUUGGAAUGAUUGCUUGCGCUGUAAAUACAUCUAGUUGUACGUUCUCACUGAAUGAGUCACGCGUUAGUUUGUACUGGGAGAAAAUGACAUACUGUAUACAGACAUUUUUGUAAACCAAACUAUAUAAACUGAUUCGCUUUAAA